AUGGAUGGUGUUAAUGAGAUUUUGAAUGAAGUGAGGAAGCAUCUGGUUCUUCCAGUAGACUUCAAGGCUCAAGAGAGGAUAGAGAAGCUGGCUUAUGUUAUCCUUGGUAUUGGUGCAGUUACAUCUUUUGGAAUUGGUUUUGUUACCCAAUCUUUGCAGAACUUGCUCGUGUGUUUUGGAGGGUUUUUUGUUGUAACACUUAUAGUAACUCUGCCACCGUACUCCUGUUACAAGAAAAACCAAUUGAAAUGGGUACAGCCUAAGGUCAUGGAGAUCAAGAAAUGA